AGAGGAGAGAGACAGACUAUGCCUUCACCAAAUUAAAUAGCGUCACUGUACCCCUUUUUUUUCUUGUGGCCAAUCAAACAAGUACUUUGGAUCUUAAGAUCGAGAGUGAAGAAGAGAGACUAACUCAGAAACCCUUUUGAGAGCGGCACAGUGCAGGCCAAGCUAUGGCUUCGUCUUUGCUUCUCAACCUCUCUCUCCGCAAACUUGCUCUGAGAUACCAAACCCAUCGGAUGUUCUCCUCAUCCAUCACCACCAACCCUUACUUAGUGUAUGCUAAAACAAUUUAUGGAAACCCUGAUGAUGAGAAUCUUCAUGUAAGAAGCGAUAUCCACUAUUUUGACCCGGUCAAGGAAGAUGAAGUGAUUGUACGAGACAAGGCACUUCCCAUGGAGUUUCGUAAAGAGUGUUUUGUGGUCGGAAUGUCCCAUGGUUGGGUAGUUUUCAAGGCCCGGUCUGAUGAUAAGAAAGAUAAAGUCAUAUAUAUUAGCGACUACUACAGUCCUUGUGGUUCCAAAUCAAACCCUAAAACCAUUCCUUUACAUCCCAUGGGUCAACCUAAUCCUGCCCAACAGCUUGGCAUCACUAACGCCGCAAUGACUUGUUCACCUGAUCAAAGCAAUGAUUUCGCAGUGGCUGUCAACUGCUUAGGACCUGUGAUCAACUUCUUUAGGCCUGGUGGCAAACACAAGGAUUCUGGUUCCGUCUUCUUUACCACUCCUCUCCAGCAUUUUAAUCAGUCAAAGGUUAUGUAUUCAAAGGGAGAUGAAAAGUUCUACACCACUAGUGUUGGCGGCCAAUUCUUGCUUUCCUACGAUGCUUUCUUCGAGGAGGAUAUGACCGGCUCCGCGGUGCAUGAGCUGCGGUUCAUCAACCAUCCUGAGUUGACUCAGUCCGAGUGGGAGAUAUUGGACUCAUGUUCCAAGACUGUACACCUUGUGGAGUCUCCCUCGGGGGAACGUUUUUUAAUCAAAUGGUACGCUCGGAACCACCAACCGGGGAAGGAGAUGACCUUCUUGUGUCGCGGAACAAAGCGUUUCAUGGUGUUUAGAGAGGAAGAAGAAACAAGGGUCAUGUCUUACACAGAGGACAUUGGUGAUCUCUGCAUAUUCCUGGGCAAUAGUGAGCCCUUCUGUGUCAAGGCAAGCUCCUUCCCUGGCUUAAACCCUAACUCCAUCUAUUUUGCAGGAGAUGGCUUUGGUGUUUACGAUAUAGCCACUAGAAAACCACGUUCCUUCCGUCCCAAGUCUCCCGCAGCCUUCUCUACAGCAUCACUCGCCUUUCACUGGAUCCCUCCAAUGUCUCUCUAGUUACUAGUUAUCCCCAAGAUUAUUAUGUCUCUAAUUUGUGUUGAACUCUAUACAAUAUGUUGGUUUUCACUUGUACUAGUUACUAUCUUCAUUUUUCUUUAAAUAAAAAAUUAUAAAAUCUAAAACACUGAUGUGGUUGAAGU